AGGCAAAGCACCACGGCAGAGAGGGAGACGAGUGCUGAGCCGGAGACUGGUGUUUCCGCUUCUGAAGUCAAAGAGCUGCGAGAACGUGUCAGAAAGAUGGAAGAAAACGAGAGAGAACUGAUGUCCAAAGAGUUACAGUUUAAGGAGAUGCAGGAGCGAAUCCAGAGGAUGGAAGAAAUGAUGGAGGAGAAGCAGAACCAAACGCGAGAAGAGAUGAUGAGACUCCUGCAGAAGCAGCCACAGGCAAAUCUGCGCAACUUUUAUUCGGAGCCAGGAGCGCACGAGGGUUUGCAGAUGACGCCUCCGAGAGACCGCGGAGACCGCGACUGCCGCGACCGCGACCGCGGAGAUCGACGACGGCUUUCGACCGCCAGUAUUGCAACAAACUGCACAGUAGACACGGUCACAGUGGACAGGGAGAGAAGGAAGAGUAACGUGCAUCAGCAGAAGUUGAUGUGGAAAGAGCACCGUGAGAUUCUGAUGACUGACCUGUACAGCCCAGAUAUGUUCGAUUUGCCCAGAAAUCCGAGAACAAGGAGGUCAUCCGUUCGGGGAGAUCCUCUGCAAUCCCUGGAAGAGGACUCCAAGCGCUUCAGCAAGGUAGGCCGUUGAUGGCGUGACCUCAUCGUGGGUCGCCCCCUGGGGUCAGAAAACGGAGGCCUGGUAGGUAGCUGAUGGUAGCUGCAUUGAUUUUAGAAUUGUAGAUGGAAGUUGGAGAACUGGAAGGUCUUGAGACAAAAAAAC